AUGGAGAUGCGUGUUGUCGGUAUCGAUGGAGGUCAAGACAAGAAAGCACUGUGUCUUUCACUAGGAGUUGAUGUUUUCAUCGAUUUCCUCGAUGUAAAGGAUGUGGUGCGUGCCGUCUCUGACCUCACCGAUUGCGGCGUGGCUGGGGUUAUUGUUACCGCAGCGAGCCGUUCCGCAUAUGAGCAGGGAGCACAAAUGCUUGGCAUCGGGGGAACGCUGGUUCCUGUUGGCCUGUAUGUCCAGGAGGAUUUGGCCCUUGCAGCGCGGAAGCAAAUAAGGGCUGAAGUACAAUGCUUUCCGAUGGAGCAGGCGGAAGCUGUCUUUCAGAGUAAAGCCAAUCGGUAUAAAGGGAGAGCUGCCCUCAGAUUGGAAUAA